AUUCUCUCUCUCUCCGAUUUGAAAUCCGAAACCCUAGACGAAGCUCCGGCGAUGAACCAGUUCCACAUUUACGAGGCCAUCGGCCGCGGAAAGUGCUCGACUGUGUACAAAGGCAGGAAGAAGAAGACGAUUGAGUACUACGCGAUUAAGAGCGUCGAGAAAUCUCAGAAGAACAAGAUUCUUCAAGAAGUUAAGAUUCUUCAUACUUUGGAUCACCAGAAUAUCCUCAAGUUUUACUGGUGGUAUGAAACUGGUGCUCACUUGUGGUUGAUUCUGGAGUAUUGCGUGGGCGGGAAUCUGAUGACAUUGUUAGGCCAGGAUAGUCAGUUACCUGAAGAAUCGAUUCAUGACCUUGGGUGGGACCUUGUUAGAGCUUUGCUGUUCUUACAUUCAAAGGGAAUCAUAUACUGCGAUUUGAAACCGUCAAAUAUCCUGCUGGAUGAGAAUGGCCGUACAAAGCUGUGUGAUUUUGGACUGGCAAGAAAGCUGAGCGAUAUUUCACAAAUCUCUUCUUCCUCGUUGCCACAAGCAAAACGUGGAACACCUUGUUAUAUGGCUCCUGAGCUUUUUGAAGACGGGGGAGUCCAUUCAUAUGCAUCUGAUUUCUGGGCCCUUGGUUGUGUACUAUAUGAGUGCUAUGCUGGGAGGCCUCCCUUUGUGGGUAGAGAAUUUACUCAGCUAGUGAAGUCGAUCCUGUCAGAUCCAGUACCUCCUCUACCUGGCACUCCUAGUCGUCCUUUUGUCAAUCUAAUAAAUUCUUUACUCAUCAAGGAUCCGGCCGAACGAAUACAGUGGCCUGAACUUUGUGGUCACGCUUUCUGGAGAACCAAGUUAAAUCCAUUGCCUCUACCUCGUCAGCCUGCUUUUGCAAACAUGCUAGAGCAAUAUGCCAAGCCAUUGUCAAUACGUAAUGGUGAUAAAUCUUCUGAGAACAGGACUCCUAAAUCUCGUCAAAAGGAUGUUAAGGGAGCUUCAAAGCAGGAUGAGAAUUAUAUUGUAGGAUCAAAAGGCCAUGGAACUCCAGUCAAGGGCACCCCUGGAAGCCGGAGAACCCCAGCAAAGGUACCUGGCAGAGGAACCGAUGAUAAGCAUAAGGAUCCUUCUGGCAAUUCUAGGGGAGUGAAUCUGCUAAGACUCUCAAGAAUAGCGAAGCAGAACUUGCAAAGGGAAAAUGAGAAAGAGAACUACCGGAGGCUGGUGCCUGCUACUUCUGAGAUUGAUUCAGAAGUCAAGAUUGAGAACACAGAUAUGGAACUUGAUUUUAGUGAAAACAUUGAAGAUGAUGCACAGGAUGAAUCUGAUGGGCAAGAUAACCAAGCUUCAUUGGAUGAUAAAUCUUCAAGUCAAAAUCAGCCGCAGAUUAAAGCAGAAGAGAUGGAAAAUAAAAUAAACCAUACAGAUACUUCACCUAUGGUGAAUGCGUCUGCAUCAGAUGAAUGUGAUCAGGAAUCACCAAUGGAUAUAGAAGUGACUGCAACUCCAUGCAACGCCAGUCCUCUGAUAAAAAAUCAGAGAUUUAAGGAAGGUUCUGGAUAUGCAGUUGACCAUGAUUCUGCAAAAUCUUCAAAUAACCUUUCAGAGGUUCUUUGGCAUCCAACUGAUCUUUCAGUCAGACCUGUAAUGCCUAGCAGAAAAGCUGAUAAAGCUUCAGAGGCAAUUCCUUCACUUCCCUUUGAGGCACUGCAAGCUUCUGAUUUUGUGAAAAUGUCUAAAGAGCAAAUGGAUGCUCUCACCAAUAAGAUAAUAUCCAUUUUUAAUGGGAAUGUUAGCAUUGGGGAGAAGCAGAAUGCAAUUAGAUACCUUGAAAUGUUAACCAACAAUGCGGAUGCUGCUAAUAUAUUGACCAAUGGGCCCAUCAUGCUUAUCCUUGUUAAAAUGCUUCGACAGACCAAGGCUUUGGCUUUGCGUGUCCAAGUUGCUUCACUAAUUGGUUUGUUGAUUCGACAUUCUACUUAUAUUCAUGAUGAUUUGGGGAAUUCUGGAAUUUUGGGUUCACUGACCGAUGGCCUUGGAGACAGGCAGGAAAGGGUCAGGAGAUUUUCUAUGGCUGCUUUAGGUGAGCUGUUAUUCUAUAUUUCAACUCAAAGUGAGCAUGGUGGAGAUAACAAUCCUGUAGAGUCUCCAUCCAAGGAAAGCCGGUCGACAUCUGGGUGGCAGGUCUCCAAUUUAUUGCUCUCCAAAGUGACAUCGAUCUUACGUAAAGGAGAGGAUGACAUAACUCAACUUUAUGCAUUGAGGACGAUUGAAAAUAUCUGUAGCCAAGCGGGGCACUGGGCAGCUCGUUUGAACAGCCAGGGCGUGAUUAAUAACUUGUGCUAUAUAUAUAGGGCUAUUGGGAAACAGGAGAGCAUGAGACUGACAGCAGGAUCAUGUUUGGUGCGCCUGGUUCGUUUCAAUCCACUUAGCAUUCAGCAAGUAAUUGAUAUCCUUCCUUUAAAGGAAAUAGCAUCUGCAAUUAUCAAGGGCAGUCUGAGGGAGCAACAAAUCAGUUUAAACCUUUUGAACAUGGCCAUGCUUGGAAGUCACAUGUUCACAAACUUUGGCAGGUACCUCCUGCCGCUGAUGGAGGAUAAGAAUAUUGUUCCAAGUCUAGUGUCUCUUAUUGAGCAGGGAACUGAAGUUCUUAAAGGAAAAGCACUUGUUUUUGUUGCUCUUCUUUGUAAAAACAGCAGUUCCAAGAGUAGUAGGAGGUGGCUGCCGCAUUUUUUUUGCAAUGCCAGGUUAUUGUCUAUGGUGGACAGGCUGGCGAAAGAGAAAGAUCAGUAUGUGAGGCAGUGUUCAGAUGCAUUUGUGUGUGUCGUGGCAUCAGUUAUACCUGGUCUAUUGGAAACUAUAACUGGUGACAUUCAGCAAUUGAUGGGAAGGCGCCAUGGACAUCUGUCUCCCCUUAACAGUAGAGUUACUCCAAAGACCAACAUCAAUAUGCUCCCUGUAGUUCUCCAUCUUCUCCGAAGCUCGUCUUUUAAGCAUAAGGUGGUGAGUGAUCAGGUCUUGCAGCAGUUAGCAAGUCUAACAAAAAUCGUGGAAACACCAUUUCAGGGAAGAGAUGAGUUUCAAAUCACUCUUCUUCGAAUUCUUGAAUCAGUUGCUGAGGAGUCAACUGUAAUUCUUAAAAGUCCUGAUAUCUUUACCCGUGAGGUUCUUCCCAGUUUGGCUGCUCUGUAUAAGGGCAAUAAGGAUGGUGAUGCCAGGUUUCUGUGCUUGAAAAUCUUGUUUGAUGUGAUGGUAAUAUUUCUCAAUGAACAAUCUGAAGAUGAGCAAAGAUGCAAAGAAUUGCGGUCCAUAUCCAACAAAUAUUUUCUUCCUCUUUACCCUUCCUUGAUCGAGGAUGAAGAUCCAAUCCCCAUGUACGCACAAAAGCUGCUAGUUAUGCUGAUUGAUUAUAAUUACAUUAAAAUUGCAGACAUUCUACAUCUGAAGAUAGUAUCACAAUGCUUUGAGUUUUUGUUGGGUGAUCUCUCGAGUGCAAAUGUAAACAACGUUAUGCUAUGCCUGGCUCUGACAUCUGCUCCUGAAAUGGAAACUAAGUUACUUUCUCAGCUGAGGGUAGUUAGGAAAGUAGGAAAUCUUCUAGAGCUUGUAUAUGCAAAAGGAAUGGAAGAUUUUCUUGAACCAACACUUGGUCUAUGUAGGGCUUUCCUCCUACGUUCAGUGAGUGGUAAAAAAGGGUUCACCUAUUCAUCAGAACCUGCUCUUUUGGGUGAUGUGUCCUCUGAGCCAAGUGGUGGUGAUCAGCAGCAAGGUAUAAGAGAUAUUAUGGACUUUGGCAGCAAUGUUGGUGUAUUGCUAGAGUUAAGUAGGUCUCAUGGAGGAACUGUGGCAGAUGUAGCUUCAGAAUGUAUGAUCUUGUUGCUUAAGGCAGCUCCAAGGGAAGGAACUGCAGGUUUACUAACUAAUCUUCCAAAAGUUACUGCAAUGCUCGAGUCUUGGCGUAGAGGCACAUCUCAUUUGUUUGUGCAGCGAGUGCUACAUGCACUUGGUUAUGCUUGCAGGCAGUAUUUGUCACAUGCAAUGAUAUUGUCGAUAUCAAUACCUGAGAUUCCAAGAAUUGAGGGCAUAGUUUCUGAGCUUAAAGGUUCAGGUGUACCUGCUUUAGCCACUGCUGCUUUUCAUGUGGCUGUGGAAUUGCAACGGCUUCCUCGUUGUAUGUGAAGCCUCACAGGGUCAACGAUUUAUGAAGGUGAGGGCAAUCUUUCUGCACUUGUGUCACUCCAACUCUGAUUGGCAUAUCAUUGUAAUAUCCAUGUUCCCUGUAUCUCUAUUGGAUACUUCCAUCUGUUUUUCUCUUCCAUUACACUUGCAUUUUCUUGCUCUGGAAUCAGCUUGGCUGCAAUUUUAUCACAAGCAUGUGCAACAGUCAUCUUGAAAUGCUGACUAGUUGCCUUAUUAAAAUUGUUUAGUUCUUAUGAGAA